AAUUUUAAUGAUGUUAAUCACAAAUGAACGUCCCAUUUGAAGCUGAGCCAAAGCGAGUGGCCAGAGAAGCACGCGAGGAUUAGUUAAGAAAAAGCUCAGCGUUUUGAAGUUUGAUGGCGUCAAUGCUAGUCUCUCAUUCCAAUCCGUUUCCUUCUCCUUCUUUCAGCUCCUCAAAGAACUUUUCCUCUAAACAAACACAUCUUUGUGUCGACUGCGACCGAGUAAUUCUAGAAUCAGAACAGCUCCAUCGUCCAAGUGUUUCUUUCUAUGAUGUUCUCCAGAACCAUACUGGCGGUGGAAAACCUAACAUGCGGUACUUCAAGGAGCAUGGUUGGCCUUCUUCAACAGUAGUCCAGAAGCCUCCUCGGGAUGAUGACAGCCGUGCUGAGUUAAUCGAUACUCUUCAGGAUUCGGAAACUGAAAGUAAAAACGAAGCAGCAGUGGCAUUCUCUUGGAGCAAGAGACAACUACACCUCGCGGUUCUUGCAUUACUUGUUAAUGGGUCUGUAUUUACUACUCCGAAGACCAUUUUAGCUAUAGAGAUGGAGGAGCUUGAGACCUACACGGAUGCUACGGAAGGCUUCACUUUUCUAAGACCGUCUUCUUAUCUGAAGGUGGAUAAAGCAGGAGCAACUGUGCUGUUUGAAGAUGUAGAUAAGAAAAGUAACACUAUUGGGGUUGUGGUGAACCCAGUUCGUCUCACCACCCUUGCUGAGUUUGGAACUCCUCAGUUCGUUGCCGACAAGCUUAUCCAAGCUGAAAAGCGCAAGGAAAGUACAAAGGAGGCAGAGGUAAUUGCAUUGGCUGAGCGAUCAAGCCAUGGAGUACAAGUAUACGAGUUUGAAUAUAUAGUUGACAGUACUAGAGGAGGAAUGAAGAGGAUCUUCUCCGCUGCAUUUGUGGCCUCCAAGAAGCUUUACCUCCUAAACAUCACGCACUCAGACACACGAGAGAGUCCUAUGAACACCAGUACAAGAAUGGUAUUGGAAAAAGUGCUUCAUUCAUUUGAUAUACCAUAUACGACAUGACUCGUCGUGCAUGCUUUAAGGUAACUGUUUUAUGCCAAUCCUGAAUUAUAUUUUUAUCAAGAUAAAUCAGCAGUCUGUGCUGGUUUAAAGCGACUGGAGUAUUACAUGUGAAUGGUUGGUUUCUGUUUCAUUUUACAUUAUCUUUAUCUACUGAUUACGACAA